CCUCAAGCCACAAACACUUUGCCAUCUCUUUCUCUUUCUCUUUCUCAACGUCUCACUCACGCUCUCAUCUAUUGACCUCGGCGUCACAGGCGCCUGCGGCUCCGCUACUCACAUUCCGGAGCUACUCCUUCGCCCCCUCUCCCCGCUCACCUCCACCCCCUCGCCCGGACCAUGUCCGAGUCGCCCCCCGGCAAGCGCCGCUCACCGGGGUCCGGCGGCGGGUCCCAGAAACGCACACGCUCGCGUAACGGCUGCCUCGUCUGCCGCGCCCGCCGCAUCAAGUGCGACCUCGAACGCCCCGAAUGCAAGCGCUGCGUCAACUAUGGCGCCGAGUGCGUGUAUCCCGUCAAGAAGGCGUUUGACCCAGCGGCCGUGGACGCCGCCUUGGGGAGCAGGCACAACCGGCCGUCUAACGUGGCGGCGACGGCGGCGGCAUUCCACGACCCCAGCGUCGGGCCGAGCCGAAACCCGGCAGUCAGCCCGCCCCUGCUGCUGUCGAACCAGCCGCCACCACGCGCCGACAUGAAGAGCACGAUCGAGGAUCUGCCGCCAAUGGAGAUGGUGCAUGCGCUCUUCCGCAAGACGAAGAUGGGCAGCUUCUUCAAUAACCCCGGCAUGAGCCCGCCCGAGUUCCUCCAGCACGUCUUCCCGAAUCCUGAAGAUCUGCGAUGCUUCCACCACUGCCUUACGUACUCGCUCUCGCUCAUGGUAAUUGACGAGGAGCACAACCCGUGGGUGGAGCACAUCGCGCCCAUGUUUCUCUUUCCUUCGGGCGACGCGCCCCUGUCCACCUCGGCGCUCAAGUUCGCGAUGCUCGCGAUCGGCGCGACCCACCUGGCAUAUCUGGAAGCAACAAGCCGCGUCUCGGCAGCCCAGGCAGAAAACACUCUCCAGCUGUCCCGGCAGUACCGGCAUACAGCGCUAGGCUUGCUGCGGCAGGCUCGGCGUAUCCCCGGCGAGCUGUCGAACGAUGCGUUCCUCGCGGCGUCGCUCCUGAUCGUCGACAACGAUAUCCUGGCAGCGACUGUGUCGUGGCGCGAGCCACUACGUUAUGCCAAGGCGUCUAUCGCGCACCGAGGAGGAGCGGGCAAUGUGCUUUUUGGACAGGACUGGCGUACUGCACUUGCUGGGAGGGCGAAUGGCGGGCCAGAGCUUGCCCCGCCGCUCUCUGCACGGCGCUAUCUCAUCGAACAUGCCGUAAUGCACGACUUGUUGUCAUGCCUGACUUCUGGCGCUCCGCCAACAAUCCUGGACAACGACUCUCCGUGGUGGGAAGCGUUGGGGACUACGGGCAUCACUGAUCGAGAGUGGGAAUCUAUCGAGGCGCUGGUCGGCUACGACCGGUCGCUAAUGCGGAUCGUGGCGACAAUCCUGGCACUCUACGCCGAAUGGCGCGCGUUCGAAGCGCACUACCGCCCACUCAACGAGCUCGACCCCGCCGUCUCCCUACACUCCCCCGCGGCCAUGGAGCGGAUGGAGCUCUCGCGCCGGCUCGCCGACUGCCAGAUCGAACUGGCGACGUGGCGCGCCGAAGCGCCCGCGCGAUACAUGGACCAGCGGACGAUGGUGGGCUCGAUGGCGCUGUGGCACGAGGCGCAGAUCAUCGUGCUCCGCGACAUGCAGAAGCGCGGGCGCGACGACGCGGACGUGCAGUCGUCCGCGGCGGCUGUGCUCGAGCUGUGCAUCGAGGCGGGGGACAAGGUCGAGUUCCUCAACUGGCCGUUCGCGAUCGCGUGCUCGGUCCUCCUCGACCCGGACAAGCGGGACACGGCGCGCGGCAUCGUCAAGACGUUUGCGUACCAGUGCUGCCACGAGAUUGAGAGUGUGCGCGUGUUGAUCGAGGAGAUGUGGCGACGCAUCGACGAGGGAUACGACGACGAGGCGUGUAAUUGGCGCGAAGUGUUGUUGGAGAUUGGCCGCCCGGUGUUGAUCGGGUAGGCUACGAGUUAGUCGUGAGGGAGGUGUAUGAGAGGGUGAAUGGUUGGGGGCGUAGGAGGCGUGUCACAUGGGCAGCUGGGCAGUCGAUAAGCAUCAGUUUGGGUUUGUGGGGUCGGCAAUCGGCUCAUCAUGUACGGAUCAUCAUGCAGAUUGUGUCUGGC